AUAGUCUAAUUAAAGAAAACCCCUUGAAUGAGUAGGUGUGUCCAAACUAUUUUUUUUUUUCACAGUUCAUUGCAGAGUUUGACUUGCGCUCUGUGCAGUAUGAGGUGAAGUCUCCACGCCUUCACGAGAUUCAUUUGGCAACGCCCCCUCACGACUGCAUCCGCUUCAACUUCUGCUGCGAUCUGGAGGCUGAGCAGUGGGCCACAGUGUUGAUGUCAUCCCUAAGAGAGGCACACAGAGUUGCUGCAAAUAGUUCCCCACAUCCUCUGGAUGACCGACAGAAGCACACCGCUGCAGUAGCUCUAGAACAGCGCAGCACAGCCUCCUUACCACUCACUGAGGAGCUGCGCCUGGAGCUUGCCCGGGCAAUCGAAGCAGGCGACAGCCAGGCUGCUGCUCAGCAUGCGUCUGCUCUGGCUCACCAGAAGGCGGUGCUCACCAUCCAACUGUCUGAGAAGAGUUACGCAGAAGGAGAGAUACGUUUGUCUGUGGCAGUGGAGGACAUUUCCUCUUCCUGUUGCGUCACAGUGAAAGUUUUCCCACACAUGACCGUCGCAGCACUCAAGCAGCAGGUGUUUCUGGAGUAUGGCUUCCACCCUCACGUGCAGCGCUGGGUGAUAGGGCAGUGUUUGUGCACAGAGCCCAGGUCCCUGGCCUCGUAUGGGGUCCAGAGGGAUGGGGACAUGGCCUACCUCUACCUGAUCUCAGCCCGCCAUGCCCACCUCAACCGUCAGCUGUUCCAGCAGGACCAGGAGGGCGCCCUCCUCACCCCACCGCCUACCAGCAACGGCUCUACGUCCCAGGACUGGAGGGGCUACAGCACCCUGCCCUCCAGGCUAAGCCACAACUCCCAGGGGAGCACCGGACGUACGGCUGACAGGCUGGGUAUGAGCGAGAUCAGAGAGGCCCUCAACUUGGGAGACUCUGCAGAUCAACAAUAAACCUGAUCAACCCUGCAAAGCCAGUAAAACACAGACAGAAUGGGUUUGUCCCUCCUGCACCUUUAUCAACAAUCCUUCCCGACCAGGCUGUGAGAUCUGCAGUACAGCCAGACCUGACUCAGAGGAGCACCGCCUCAUACAACAGGAGAAAGGAAGAAGAGUGGAGCAGGGGGAGAUUGGUGCAUUGAUCAGUUGACUGCCUCGCAACCUAUACCAUACAACUGACACCAACUUACUGAUUCUUAGGUAAAAACCCACUACUGACAAACACUAGAGGUAUAUGGACGCUGUAGCACAGACAUGGAGCUCCACUUGCAGUGGCUCACAAAAGGAACUACCUGUAUAGUCAAUGGGAGCUGGCUUUUGACUCUCCUCUGGACAUGAUGGCAGUCAGCAACCUUUGCCUUGUGGCAGACUAUUUAUUUAGUUUACAUUUACACAUUCCAGAGGGGUGGGUGGUGCUUCCCUUAUCUCUCUACCUGAUAUCUCAGAUGAGAGAAUGUGGUAUAUUUUGAAGUUGGCCAACUGGGAUACGUUUGAGUAUUGAAAGUGCAGUUUAAAACCAGGGCCUGUAUUCCAACUCAGAGUAGGUGUGCUGGUCUAGGAUCAGAUGUAUUUUAGAUCAUAAUUAUAUAGACAUGGAGGACCUGAUCCUAGAUCAGUACUCCUGUUCUGAGAUGCAUUGUGAAUACAGGCCCAGGUCUUGCUGGUCAUUGGUUGGUGCCAUUUGGUUUGAUGGGAUGAGAGGAAUUAGUUGCUAUGAGGCAAGUCUGUGGGAGUGACAGGGUUUUAAAGUGAUUUUAUUUUUAUAAGAAUGUUUGGUGAUAUUAAUGUCGAUGUGUUUCACCUAUUUGUCAUAAGUUUCUCUGUCUGAACUGUGUUAGUGACGGAAUGUUAUGUUUUGUCAAACAUAACUGUAUAAAAUGGUGUUAGCUGAAUAAACAUACGUUGAUCAA